AUGGGCACGAUAAGUGCAAUAAUUAUCAUUUGCUGUUUGAUCAUUUCUGCUGCAUUAACCGUUGUUAUUAUUCUGGUAACUAUACCAACUGAAAUUACCCAUCAGUCGCACUAUUCCGAAUUAUGGAUUAAUCAGCAAAGUACCCGUCAUGGCAAUUUUUAUUUUCAUCCAAAUAAAAAAAUACCACACAGCUUAUUACAAAAUUCAACAGUAAUUACAGCUAUCGGUACAGCUUCUACUACUAUUACUGCUACUACUACUACUAUAACUGCUACUACAACUACUAAUACUAUUACAAUAACCAAAACAGAUAUUGAUACUACUACUUUUCCUAAUGCUACUGAAAUAUUGAAGCUUACAUUAGAAAAUGACAAACUACUUUAUCAAUCACUUGUAUUAACAACCACAAUACCGAUGAAAACCUGGAAAUCGAAUCACAAUCGUUCAUCACAAAGACAUACCACGAUGCUUUUAAGCACAAAUAUUACGGUAAUACGAGAGAAAGAGUUAAUAUCGAGCAGUCGGCAAUCAAUGACAGAAUUGCGACAUCAUUCCGCAUUCCACGAAUCAACUCCGCGAAAUUCGCGAAAAAAUUUGACAACUCUUAUGUUGCAUCAACAUAUCAAACAGCUACCAUUAAACGAUGAUAAUUUAGUAAAGAAUAAACGAGAAAAGGAGCAAGCGACGCAAAUGACGUUGUUAAGUGAAAUAACGUUUCCGAAUGAUGUAAAGAUGGUAGGAUUAGCGAUGCAACGUGGAGUUCUCUAUGUUGCUACAAACGAUGGGCGAAUUGUGGUGAUAAAUCCGGAAACUAGUGAACAGGUACAAACUAUUAGAGUUAAUGGUAAAAUAAGCCGAAUGACUGUAACGCAUAAUGUUGAUAUUAUUAUCCUAAAUGGUACCAAUUUGAAAUCAUAUCGAGAUGGACAGGAAUACCGGAAGAUAAAAUUGCCAGUAGUUGGUAAAAGCUUGUCUACUUUUGAAGAUGAGAUAGGCUUGGAGCGGAUAAUAGCGCUUGGAGGAAGUAAUGAUGUAUUAUUUGUGUUUACGGAUGAUUUAAGACCGAUCGAAGAAAUAUAUUACAAAAAUGAUAUCGAAGAAAUGUGCAAUUUUGCUAUUUUAUAUCAGAAAUAUUAUUAUGUAAGCUGCCAAAGUGCCAUUCUACAACUUUCAGAAAAUGGUGAAAUCACGAAAAAGAUCGGUGCUAAUAAUGGACCUUUCUCGCUUGGUAUAACAAUUGAUGAUCAAGCUCGGAUAAUUGCAGUUGUUAGAGGUCAACCACUUCUUCGAGUUUUUCAGAAUGGUAAACUACAGCAUAAUUUAUCGGCGGUAUCGUCCAAUGAAAUAUCUGCAAUUUGGUCGGAAGUUCUUUAUGAGAAAGGUCGAUUACAUAUUGCGGAUUAUCUGACGAGUAAACUGAAGACUUUCCGCUAUCCGAUCAGUAGCACUGAGAAUGACGCGUAA